AUGGCAGCCACCACAGGCUCAGGAGUAAAAGUCCCUCAAAAUUUCAGUCUGUUGGAAGAGCUGGAAGAAGGCCAAAAAGGAGUAGGCAAUGGCACAGUUAGCUGGGGUCUGGAGGACAUUGAGGACAUGACACUCAUAAGAUGGACAGGCAUGAUAAUUGGUCCUCCACGGGUGUAUCCACGAGCCAUGGCAAUGCUGGCAAAGUGGCAGAAUUCCCACAGCAACAAAGUCAUCCUGCAGGAACUGAGGCGCUUGAUGAUGUCAAAAGAGAACAUGAAGCUGCCACAGCCACCAGAAGGACAGUGUUACAGCAAUUAGUCACCAAGGCCCCGGCCUCCCUUCCCCAUCCAACACAAGUCUUCAUUUUCCACAGUAGUGAAUUUUCUAGAUCCAUCUGUAGACCUCAAGGUACUGGAGAGGAAGCCCCACUCAGACUUCAUC